UGAGCAGUUACAAGUUUUAAUCUUGCUCCUCAGUACUAACAUGGGCUAAUCUGUGGGAGCAGCUUAUUCUAGUGUCACCCAGGGUGCAGCCACACCAGGCUCUGCUGAAAGGUGCUUUUCUCUUCAAUGUAAUCCCUCAACUUACUUCGUAAGUAGUAUAUGAGAACAUUUACAUUACAGAUAAGUGGUACAUGGUGGAGAAAUUCUUCUUUCAAGAGGACUUAUUCUCUUCUUACAAGGUUGGUCCCCUACACCAGACGACAUGAAGGAGUGUAUGCUCCUAGUGCUCCUGGCUUUGUGCUCCGCCAAACCCUUGUUUCACCCUUCCUACAUGACGCUGAAGAAUAUGAUGCUGAAGGACAUGGAAGAUGAAGGCAAUGAUGACACAGACCCUGACAACUCUCUUUUUCCAACAAGAGAGUCAAUUAACCCCUUCUUCCCAUUUGAUCUGUUUCCAACGUGUCCGUUUGGAUGCCAGUGCUACUCAAGAGUUGUACACUGUUCUGAUCUAGGUCUGUCCUCUAUCCCAAGCAACAUUCCAUUUGAUACUCGAAUGGUUGACCUUCAAAACAAUAAAAUUAAGGAAAUCAAAGAAAAUGAUUUUAAAGGACUCACUUCACUUUAUGCUUUGAUUCUGAACAACAACAAGCUAACAAAGAUUCACCCAAAAGCCUUUCUAACCACAAAGAAGUUAAGAAGGCUAUAUUUGUCCCACAAUCAACUAAAUGAAAUACCACUUAAUCUUCCCAAAUCUCUAGCAGAACUCAGAAUUCAUGAUAACAAAGUGAAGAAAAUACAAAAGGAGACAUUCAAAGGAAUGAAUGCUUUACAUGUUCUGGAAAUGAGUGCAAACCCUCUUGACAAUAAUGGGAUUGAGCCAGGGGCAUUUGAAGGCGUGACAGUGUUCCAUAUCAGAAUUGCAGAAGCAAAACUGACCUCGAUUCCUAAAGAACUACCAUCAACUUUAUUAGAGCUUCAUUUAGAUGAUAAUAAAAUUUCAACUGUGGAACUGGAAGAUUUUAAACGAUACAAAGAUCUGCAAAGGCUGGGCCUAGGAAACAACAGAAUCACGGAUGUUGAAAAUGGAAGUCUUGCUAACAUACCACGCAUAAGAGAAAUACACUUGGAAAACAAUAAACUAAAAAAAAUCCCCCCAGGAUUACAGCAAUUGAAAUACCUCCAGAUAAUCUUCCUUCAUUCUAAUUCAAUUACGAAAGUGGGAGUGAAUGACUUCUGCCCAACAGUGCCAAAGAUGAAGAAAUCUUUAUACAGUGCAAUAAGUUUAUUCCACAACCCGGUGAAGUACUGGGAAGUACAACCCGCAACAUUUCGUUGUGUUUUGAGCAGAAUGAGUGUUCAGCUUGGGAACUUUAGAAAGUAAUAAGUAGUAAUUAAUAAUAUCCAUUUAAUAUAAAAUGCAAAAAUUGUUACAUUUGGAAUACUUGAACUCUAUUAAUAAUGGUGGUAUUAUGUACAGAGGCAAAAAUCUAUUCCCACAUGGUAAGUCCAGUGACUUACUUUAGGACAAAAAAUUUCAACAGAAUUUUGCAAAACUAUUGCUACAUCAGGAUUAAGAGAAGUAUCUACUGCAGUUUUCUUUUGCAUACAAAUGAUUUUGCAUAAAUCUCAUGCUUGAACAUUUUUUCUCAGUAACAAAAAAAGACAUUCGAUAUUUAACACUUUGCUAUCAAGUGCAUUUUAAAAAGAACUAUACUGUAAAUGGAAUGCUUGACUUACAAAAUCUGUGCUCUUUCAUUCACUGUUAGAAAAACCAAACUGACAAGGACAGUGAUAGGAAGAGUACGUACUGUUCUUAUUCGUUCUUUAGUAACUCGGCAGAACUGUAUGUUCCUAACAAGACUGAAGUAUGGCUUGAUAUAAUCUUACUCAUGUUCUCAUGUCUUAGAGCCUUACUGUCUGUAUGUUUAAAACUAACCAUUUGUAAUGAAGCUUCAGUACGUGUUUAUUACCAACUCGACAGACACUAUUUCCUAAGAGUUGGGUUUUGAGCUAGAAGAGCACAUGCUUUUCUUUUUUAAUUAUUAUUACCCAAUCGUAAAACCUGUAUAAAAUGCAUAGUGUUUGUAUAAAAUCUGUAACACAUUUUUUAUUAUCACAGUUAUUAUAAGCUUUUAACAGUACGUCAAUUGUUAGAUUAUGUAACAUUAUCACCUAAACACUAAGGAAUAUUUUCAAGAUGUCCCUUUGUAAGAACUUGGUGGGAAGAGCCUGGACACUAUAAAUUCUACACCAAAUUGUCUCCUCAAAUAUGCACAGACUGGAUAACUGAAAAACACACCGGGUUUAACUAAAUAGGCAGAGCAUUGAAUAAAACACAGGAACUAAAGAGCUCUGUAUAAAAGUUAAGAGUACUUUAUGUAUUUUUUAUUGGCAUCAACAGAGGUAAAGCUAGAAAAUAAGGAAAACAUUAAACUAUUGGUUUGAA